AUGUACAACACCACCUCCAAAAACACCGUCUACGCUUCUACUUUCGCCGCCGUACUUGUGGUGGGCUUCCCUCUCAACGCCAUCGCAUUAUGGAUUCUGCUCCAUCGCCACAGCCACAAAUCUCCCAGCGCCGUUUUCAUGAUCAAUCUCGCCAUCUCAGACCUGGUCCUCGCCAUCUCAUUGCCGUGGAGGAUCUACUUCUUUGCCACCGGGACUUGGCCGCUGGGACACAUGGCUUGCAACUUCAUCAUUAUGUUAUUUCGCAACAACAUUCGCUCCAGUUCGGUUUUCAUCACCUUCAUCAGCGUGGACCGACUCUUGGCCGUGGUUUACCCGUUGAGGUCGCGUCACAUCAGAAACGGACGAAAUGCCUGGAAAGCUGCGGUCGUGGUCUGGUUGAUUGUGAUUCUGAUCAACAUACCGGAAAGUGUGAAACUUCUGGAUGAUUUGAGAAGCACGAAUGAGUCUUUGUGUUUCGACAAUCACGGAGAGAACCCGUUAGUGCGGUCGCCAAUUCGCUACUUGCAGCCGGUUCUGGUUCUGAUCUUGCUGAUGGUCAAUGUCGUGUCUACGCUGAUGGUGUUGAUCACUCUGAGGAGACAUGGCAGCGUCUCCGCCAAAGUGGAAAACAAAGUCAAUGUUAUGUUAAUAUUUCUGAUGAACCUGACAAUGUUUACCAUAUUUUUCUUGCCGGUUUCGUUGGUUAUUCUGUUUGAAAACUUCAGCAGAGCCAUCACGCCGCUGCUGUGUCUGGCAAGUAUCAACUGCUGCUUCGACCCGCUGCUUUAUUACUUCUCUUUCGAUGGAUUUUGGAAAAAGAAAGAGGACGGAGGGAGUAGUUGA